UUCAAGAUGGACGCGCUCAGUGCAUCAUAUUUUGUGCGUCGAUGACGAAAAACUUGUCAAGUUAAUAUUAAUGCUGAGGUCUAACUGAAAGCAACGACUCGGGUCGUUACGCACGUUAGAACCACCUCAAUCUCAACCACUCGUUGUGUUGCAGUCGCCGAAUCGGCACUUCGUGCCGUCUGGCCAAGAUGAACGAAAUCGCCAAGCUCGAGUAUUUGUCUCUGGUGUCAAAAAUUUGUACAGAAUUGGACAACCAUUUAGGAAUCAAUGAUAAAGACAUGGCCGAGUUCAUCAUUGACCUGGCUGACAAAAACAACACGUUCGAGUCGUUCAAGAAGGCUUUGCAAGAAAACGAAGCGGAGUUUUCAGAUUCAUUCGUGGCGAACUUGCUACGUAUCAUCCAGCACAUGAGGCCGAAGAAGGCGGGAGCUACAUCUAAAGAAGGUUUUGAGGAUAAGCCGAAGACCGAGCUGGAUAUGAAGCGUGAACGAUUUCCAUUUUUAGCACUUCCAAAUGACCCCAACGUCAAUAAAUUACUCGAAGAAGAUGUCAAAGUGGCAUCGGAUGCCUUCGCACAGCUUGAGGCGUUGGCUCCAGCUGCCAGAAAAAAGGAUGCUGAUGAUGAGAAGCGCAGCCAAAAUCAUGAACGAACAAGCGAGAAGUCAAGUAGGUCUCGAAGACAUAAGUCACGGUCCCGGUCUCGAAGUCCAGUUGCACGAUCAUCAAGACACAAGUCACGUUCCCGCUCCAAGAGCCCAUACUCGAAACGAUUUUCAAGGCACAGAUCACGCAGUCGUAGCCGAGACCGAAACCGUGACCGCAACCGGGAUCGCAGCAGGGACCGAAGGAGAUCUCGGUCGAGGGAACGACACCACGGGUCUAGCCGCAAGGACAGGAGCGCUGUGCCCGUGUCUCCCGAUCCCGUCGUAGGACAGAUAUACAAUGGCAAAGUCACCAACAUCAUGCAGUUUGGAUGCUUUGUUCAACUAGAAGGGCUGCCUAAACGAUGGGAAGGUCUCGUUCACAUAUCGCAGCUGAGAAGAGAAGGUCGUAUCACCAAUGUAGGAGACGUGGUCACCAGAGGGCAGCGUGUUAAGGUCAAAGUGCUGUCUUUCACUGGCCAGAAAACCAGUCUCUCCAUGAAGGACGUGGAUCAAGACACUGGGGAGGAUCUCAAUCCAGUGCGACGAGCGGGUGACACAGAUAACACCGAGUCGGCCCGCAACCCAGAUCGACCUUGUUCAUUGCCUCUUCUGACCCGCCCCGACGACGAUGACGUUGAUAAUCGUCGGCGUGUCCAAAGGAUCUCCUCACCCGAGAAGUGGGAAAUCAAACAGAUGCUGUCUGCAAAUUGUAUAGACAAAUCUGAGCUCCCCGACUUUGACGAGACAACUGGCUUGUUGCCCAAAGAAGAUGAUGACGAGGAAGACUUGGAGAUUGAAUUGGUUGAAGAAGAACCACCUUUCCUGAGAGGUCAUGGAAGGUCAAACCUGCAAGACCUAAGCCCUGUGAGGAUUGUCAAGAACCCGGAUGGUUCACUGGCUCAAGCAGCCAUGAUGCAGUCUGCACUUGCCAAAGAACGCCGGGAACAGAAACAACAACAGAGAGAAGCAGAAAUGGACUCCAUUCCUGCAGGCCUAAAUAAGCACUGGAUUGAUCCCAUGCCUGAUGCGGAUGGACGGACGCUGGCCGCCAAUAUGCGGGGCAUUGGCCUGAUGACCCAGGAGCUGCCAGAGUGGAAAAAGCAUGUGACCGGCGGUGCCAAGGCUUCGUAUGGCAAAAAGACACAGAUGACCAUAUUGGAGCAGAGGCAGUCACUUCCCAUCUACAAGCUCAAGGACGAACUGGUUAAGGCUGUUAUGGAUAACCAAAUUCUGAUCGUCAUUGGCGAAACGGGCUCGGGAAAGACGACACAGAUCACGCAGUUGGCAGAAGCUGGCUUCACAACAAGGGGAAAGAUAGGCUGCACUCAGCCGAGGCGUGUGGCGGCCAUGUCUGUGGCCAAGAGAGUGGCCGAAGAAUUUGGUUGCCGACUGGGACAAGAGGUUGGCUACACAAUUCGGUUUGAAGACUGCACCAGCCCAGAGACACAAAUAAAGUACAUGACAGAUGGUAUGCUACUGCGGGAAUGCCUUAUCGACUUGGACUUGCUUUCCUACUCCAUCAUCAUGCUUGACGAGGCCCACGAGAGGACCAUACACACCGACGUCUUGUUCGGCCUCCUAAAAAAUGCAGUCAAGAAAAGGCCGCAGUUGAAGCUGAUCGUUACAUCAGCCACUCUGGACGCUGUAAAAUUCUCACAGUAUUUCUUUGAAGCGCCUAUAUUCACCAUUCCGGGAAGGACGUUUCCUGUUGAGAUCCUCUACACAAAGGAGCCAGAGACGGACUACUUGGAUGCCUCGCUUAUCACAGUCAUGCAGAUUCAUCUGACAGAACCUCCCGGUGACAUAUUGCUCUUUCUGACUGGUCAAGAAGAAAUCGACACUGCCUGCGAGAUCUUGUACGAGCGAAUGAAGUCCCUUGGACCCGACGUUCCCGAACUUAUUAUUCUGCCUGUGUACUCUGCACUGCCCAGUGAAAUGCAAACCAGGAUAUUUGAGCCUGCAACUCCAGGCUCCAGAAAGGUCGUGAUUGCUACUAACAUUGCUGAAACGUCGCUGACGAUUGAUGGAAUCUACUACGUCGUGGACCCAGGCUUUGUCAAGCAAAAUGUCUACAACCCAAAAACUGGCAUGGAUUCCCUUGUGGUCACACCUAUCUCGCAGGCCCAGGCCAAGCAGCGGGCUGGUCGGGCAGGCCGCACAGGGCCUGGCAAGACGUACCGCCUGUACACGGAGCGAGCCUACCGAGACGAGAUGCUUACAACACCCGUGCCAGAGAUCCAGCGAACGAACCUGGCCUCCACCGUGCUCCAGCUGAAGGCUAUGGGCAUCAACGACCUGCUCUCCUUCGAUUUCAUGGAUGCUCCCCCCACUGAGACUCUCAUCAUGGCUUUGGAGCAGCUGCAUUCCCUCAGUGCAUUGGACAACGAGGGACUGCUCACCCGCUUGGGGCGAAGGAUGGCGGAAUUUCCUUUGAGCCCCAACUUGGCCAAGAUGUUGAUUAUGUCCGUUCACCUGGGUUGCAGCGAGGAGAUCCUCACCGUGGUGUCCAUGCUUUCAGUGCAGAAUGUGUUCUACAGGCCUAAGGACAAACAAGCACUGGCUGACCAGAAGAAGGCCAAGUUCAACCAGGCGGAGGGCGACCACCUGACUCUGCUGGCCGUCUACAACUCCUGGAAAAACAACAAGUUCUCCAAUGCGUGGUGCUACGAAAACUUUGUCCAAAUUCGGACCCUCAAGAGGGCGCAGGACGUGCGCAAGCAACUACUUGGAAUCAUGGACAGGCACAAGCUAGAUGUAGUGUCCUGUGGCAAGAACACAGCACGUGUGCAAAAGGCAGUUUGCAGUGGCUUCUUUCGGAAUGCUGCCAAAGACCCUCAGGAGGGAUACCGGACACUUGUGGACGGCCAAGUUGUCUACAUCCAUCCGUCCAGCGCUCUCUUCAACCGCCAGCCGGAAUGGGUUGUAUACUACGAGCUGGUGCUGACAACGAAGGAAUACAUGCGAGAGGUGACAACCAUUGACCCCAAGUGGCUGGUAGAGUUUGCAUCUUCCUUCUUCAAGUUCGCCGACCCAACCAAGCUAAGCAAGCACAAAAAGCAGCUGCGCCUCGAGCCACUCUACAACAAGUACGAGGAGCCUAACGCAUGGAGAAUAUCCCGUGUGCGCCGCAGACGCAACUAAAACAUAUGCCACUCGUCAAGAAACUUUGCCACUGCUUGCAAAGAACAGCUGUGGCUUCUUGACCAGUUAUGCUGUGCCACUUGCAUUCGGGUGAUGUACUGAAAGCACAGACUAUGUGUGCCUUUGUGUAAAUAUGAUGCGAAUUACCGUGUGUCAUGCUUUUCAGGUUUGACGAAGAAGGGUACUUCGGUUAUGUGCUCGCUGGAAUGUGUUGCAUAGCUGUUUUGGACAAACCUUGUCUAUUGUAUUUCCUGGAGAAACUGUUUUCUUUUUCACCACAGGUUUAUGUGCUUUAUUUUAAUUAGACUUAUUCGAAAAGUGAAUUUAUGUUUCAAAGCGAAUUUGAAGCGAAUAGUGAUCUCGUUCGAAUAAGUUCGAAUCGAAUUCAAAUAGUAUAUAUCGCAUAUUAUAAAUAAAAAUGGGCAUAUUUGUCAAUACCCAACUAACAUCCACAUUAUUAUUUUUUUAAUUGAAACAAGGCCUGUGCAAAUGCUUUUUUUUCUUUUGCAUCAAGAAAAGCAGAAACAAUUUUGAAUAGCAGCAGUAUUUUACCUUCAGUAGAACGCAAGGGAUAGCCGAAAAGGCGUGUUAAUUUUAAAAAUUUACUAUACUCAGAGCAUAUAAGUCGGUAUAACAAGCUUUUAAACUGAUGCAAUGGGCAUGAUGAGUUGAUGUGAGGGUCGGUUUCGUGUUUGGGAAAACCUUAUUCUCGUUGUUAAGGUAAUAUGUUCAUUUACAAGGGUACUGAUAUUAAAUUUCAAAAUCAAGAUGUGUCCUUCAUGUGAUUUCUCAGUAUGCAUAGGUCUUCUUGGCCAAAUUUAAAUGGCAUCCAUUGGGUGUAAGUUACUUUAUUUCGAUGGCAAACAGCGUGUGAAAGCUCAACAGGAAAUUUAGUGCCCUGAAACUUCGACAUUAGUGCUACAUGUUCGGUGUAAUACAUUCGACACAUAUCAUCCUGGGUAACAAUGCGCUAGUAACGAUGAUGCUUCAAUCUAUGUGUUCUUAUCAUAGUGCCGACACCUAGAAACACUCUCACUCUUCAUGUUUGAUUUUUGUCGCACUGCUUUGAAUAAUUUUACAACUACAAAUUUUAAACGACCAAUAAAAGAAAAGAAAAUAGCAUGAUUCGACAUGCGUGCUACAGUCAGUAUGAAGGGGAACCGUUGGGAGCUGCAGUCGUCUGGUUGGAUGCACGAAAAAAGCACUAUGAGUGGGUUGUUUCGUUACACAUGUGGUGCGGGAUCACAUGCUAUCAAAGUGAAGUAGCGUAUAGAUAAAUGUCAUUGCUAACAAGAAACACGCGGGUAUCAUUAAUAGUGAACUCCAAUUCAUCUGUAGACAAUUUUGUGCUCACGUAAUAUUGGGUUACUGCCGCUGUAACCGUGAGAGGCCGGAUAGGUGGGGCCAUCUGGAGUCGCAGAGAAGAGCCUGGAAAACACAGAAUUGUUAUUUUAGAAACCUAACCCAUUCUAUUGCGUUGCUGGCGUGCGUUCUCUAGAGCGGUAUUCUAUAGACCCCUUUGCAUAUACUGGAAUGCUAUACACACCAAAACUCCCCAACAUAGCAAUAAUUGUGACACACGAGCGAGCAUGACUGAAGCAUGUGGCCCCAGGCACAUCCUCAUUGCUACUUGGAUCAGCGUACAUUUUGUAAUCGCUGUUCUGCAAAGAAAUGAUCGAAGCAAAAAUGAUUCGCGGCAUCGUGAAUCGCAGCGAUUCCAAGCUCUAGACAAUCGUAUUGAACUCUAGCUGACACUUUUGACAGUGACGAUUGCAACGCUGGUGACAAGGCAUGAAUGAAUGUGUACGCCUAGCAGACGAAAUGUUAGCAGAGCAGCUGAGCCUCAUGUCACUCUUUUUUGUGAAAGAAGUGGUCAGCUUGGGAGUGAUCUGGAGGUGACCGCAAGGAAGCGCUGCCAGCGCAAAAAUGGCAGGCUUUCCGCCAGUUUUGAAUCUGCUAGAUACUGGUGAUAUAAAACAAUAAAAUAGAUGGCUAUUCGUUCCUCGGUUGCAAUUUGGGUCGUGACUCGCUACUAGGAGGUUGUUAAUUACUCGUGGAUGCAAAACUCUUGACAUGAGUACUUUUGACGUCAGCUGCAAUGCGAGUUCCCCUUAAGUAUGUGUUUUCACGGCUUAGCACUGCUUCACUGCAGUGAAACCAUCUUCACAGGAGGUUACAUGCGGACUAAUAUAUACACUUAUUUGCUCAUUUCAAAUACCUCUAAAUUUUCAACAAUUUAGGUUUGAAUCGAAGUGAGUUCGAAUACUGUACUAUUCGUUCGAAUAUUCCCACAAGCCUACUUUUAAUGUAACUUGAUCUUUUUGACUGCCAGGACUCCUCCACAGAAAAUCCUAGAACAGCACUCGUACAAAACAAAAUUGGAAAAUUCAUAUUUUCAAAUCCUUGCGCUCGAUGCGCCAAUGGGUACAACUGCUACUUGAGCAUACCUGGGUGAUCAUUUCCAGUGCUGGCACUUACUCAGCAUGAGUACUGUUAACUGCUUCGAUUCACUUGUACUCAAUAACUGACCCUGUGAAAAUGGCACACAUGUUAGCCUGUCUUGUAACUGUUGUGUUUGUGUUGCAUAGUGUGUAAAUAUGGCUGUAAAUAUAUAACUUGACAUUAAAUAUGACCCUUUGUCUGACACUUA